CCCAGACUAUCUACCCCAGCGCACCCUUUGCGUUACCGCGAGCGCUCUCUCAGUCUCUCUCACCCCGCAGCAUCUCUGCCGCGGUGGUGGUGGCCCCUGCUUCUCCCCUCCCUCUUUGAUCUGUGUCUCCAGCCCCGCUCUGACGUAGCGGCAGGCUGAAAGGAGGGAGGGAUGACUCACAAUGUUAUGAUGCGGUUCCACAACACACAGCCACAUUCGGCUACAGACGGAGCACAAAAACAGCCCUUUGACCGCCCCGAAGCUGCGCUCCCCUUGACGCGACCCCUCACAGAUCGGCAGCAGGAGCAGAGGAGGAGAGACAGCUCCACACAUGCACACUCGGGGGCAGGCUUCAAGGUGCCUACGCUUUCAGUCUGGUUCUCAUCUGGGGGGCCCCUGGCAGUGCAGGCCCCCCAAACUUCACUUUUCCAAAACACGGCUCUAGCCAACCUGCUUCGCUGCUUCACUUGCGACCGCCUGUGUGGGGGCUGCACAGCACCGGCUCCCCCACCUCGACAGGGCAUUGCUCUCCAGCCUGUCAUGCCCAGCUGUGAGCCGGUACCACCCGCUGCCUGUCUCCCAACCAAGACCUUCCGCAGUUACCUGCCCCGCUGCCACCGAACAUACAGCUGUGUUCACUGUCGAGCACAUCUGGCCAAGCAUGACGAGCUCAUCUCCAAGUCCUUCCAGGGAAGUCAUGGUCGCGCCUAUCUUUUCAAUUCUGUGGUUAAUGUGGGCUGCGGUCCAGCCGAGCAACGCCUCUUACUCACUGGUCUCCAUUCAGUUGCUGACAUUUUCUGUGAAAGCUGCAAGACAACACUGGGCUGGAAAUAUGAACAAGCCUUCGAGACCAGCCAGAAGUACAAAGAAGGGAAGUACAUUAUUGAGAUGUCACAUAUGGUGAAGGACAACGGCUGGGACUGAGGGAGACUCUGGGUGCGCACCCUCCUGCGUAGCAUGCCUUGCCCUUUCCUAACCCCACUUCCACAGCUGGCAUCCCAGUACAACCAACCCAGCUCCCCUCCCCCAGUCUCCUGCACAGCAUCAUCUGUGGGACUGGAGAUACCAGGACCCUUCUCCCAAACCUCUUGUACGCUCUGAAGUGCUGGAUUCACAGAGUGGAGAACCCCAUCCCUGCCCCUACAACAGCAGAAGGGAAAGCUCACGAGGGUUCAGGGGCCAGUACUGGGGAUUUAGGAUUGGAUUCCAUUGAUAGCGCCUCCUGGGUGGAGCAAACUGCGGCAUCCAGAACUGCGAGCCUGGAAGCAGGCUUGAACAUUUGCAGUCCAUUGUAUAAGACAGAAGCCACCCUUUCUGGAACAGGACAGAAAAGUCUGUGGACACAGGGCAAGCUUUUGGGAAGGUGCCAUAGCACAGUGGGAGAGCACAUGCUUUGCAUGCAGAAGGUUCCAGGUUCAAUUCCUGGCCCCUCUAGGUUUUUUUUAAAAAAGGAUCUCAUGGAACAGGACUAGGUCAGACCUCUGCCCAAUGCCCUGGAUAACUGCUGUCAGUUAAAACUGACAGUGUUGAACUAGAAGGACCAAUGGGGGUCUGAUUCAGGAAAAAGCAGCUUCCUAUGCUCUUCUCCUUUUUGGGGAGAAAUAAAAAUUGUGUUGACAGCCUACCAGUGUUAGGCAAAGAAGGAUGGAGGGCAGAGUAAAUCCCUCCCAAUAUGAAACAAAGGGAUCCUAGAGGUAAGGGAGAGAGGAGCCAGUCCCUCUCCACAUGGGGCCAUGGUAGUUCACAUCCCCUUUCACCACUCCCUUCCCCAGACACUGCCGUGGUAUUUUUCCCCAUGUCUACUCUAUGGAGUCUGUUUCUUUUGUUUUGGGCUGUCGUGUGCUUGUGAUCCCUGGGCACCAUGCCCCCCCCACAUCCCCCCACCCCACAUGAAGACAGGAUGGGGGGCAGAUGGGGGCAAAGCCUCAGCACUGUCACCAGCGCAGGACUUUUUUGUAUAAUAAAGGUGUUUUAUAUUUUAAAAAAAGCCAUACUACUAAUGGC